CUGGACCAGGUACUUGAAGGUACGUACACCUCCCAGCUACCUACCUAUGUAAGACAAGCCACCCCGCCAGGCAGGUGGAGGCUGAAGGUCCCCACUUACGGCAGACCGCUUCCUGCUGGUUGCUGUGGACCUUGUGGCUGAAGCAUUGUUUUUCUGCCAAUGCCUUUACCAGAUGCUCCAGCCAUCAUUGUCUGCCACAUCCAUCACCACCUACAACUCGACUUGAAGCGGCGCAUUGAAGCACGCUCGCGCUCGGCGACAGCGCAGCGUCCAAACGGCAUAGUACUAACUACUAACACAGAACAGGUUUGCAGCAUUAAUCGAACUGGCCUCACCCUGAUCGUGACCACCGCCUCCCGACUUCGACCUUCUAGCCUGUCCUUUGGCUUCCCUUCAGACGCGGCAGAUAACAUGUCGUCUUCCGGUAGCCGAGCGGCUGUCAGCACUCCUGUCAGAUCAACGCCACAAAAGUCCACCCCCGUUGUCGACAGCCCAGGCACUUGGAGACACCCGCGUCUCGACGAGAUCUCGAGACGGCGCAACGCGACAACCUUCUCCGAGAAGAAUGUAAAGAGGAUCGCUUUGAACGCUGUUUUCCUUCUCAGUCUCUGGUUUUCUCAGAUCCUCUCCCGAUCUUACAUUCCUGCGCAAUGGUUCAGCGCUUCGUUACGGUCGUAUCUGGGCUGGGCGUACCACCUGGUCCAACUCAUUCCUCUCGCCAACAUUGGCAUGGCCAUGCUGCCGUUGUUCCGAUCCGAGGACGACCUGUCCGAUAUUCCCUUGACCCCUGCGCAGCGCAAGCUUCUCGGUUUAGCACCCAGCUCUGCAGCAGCCACGCCUGAUGCUGUCUACAGCACACCGCCGCGAUACUCGCGUACCCCGUCGUUGGCAGGCUCGCCCGCCAGCAACAGAAGCUUUUCCGGCUCUCCGCUGUCUGGCAAAGGCAGCCCUGCUCUGGGGAGCUCUUUGAACGGACAGUCAUACUCUCUUUCUCCGCUCAACAGCCCUUCCAAGUUUGCGGCAAACCUCAACAGUAAUCGGAGGUCGUCCUUUGGCUCUUCGACAAACUUGGGGGCAAGCACGGCCUCUUCCCUAUUCCCCGAUUCAGGCACUCCGAGCCCUUCGACCGGAAAACGUACCAGCGUCGGCUUGAACAAUAAGUGGCUUUACGAGAAGGGCAGGAGAUCGUCAGGUGGCAACUGGAUGCACUGAGGACUUUUUUAUCAGCUGUUGUAUUUUUUUUAUUUUUUUGAUGGGGCAGGGAACGGCAAUACUGGCGCCCCCCCUUGUCAUGGGACUCUUAACUGUGGUGACCCAAGACGCAG